ACACAUUAGCCAGCAACAGGUGUGAACUGCAAUGGCUGAAGACGAAUCAAAGCCCACUAUGAAACGAAAGGUUUCUGGAAUUUUGAAAUCAGAUACACUAAAAAGUCGAAAGCCGUCUGGAUUAUCCAUAGAUGUUAAACUAUCAAAAGCGUUAGAUGACGAGAUUUCUUCACCUUCAUCAGUUUCUCCACAACUAUCGGUCACAUGGGCCACACAUGUGAACAAAAGCAGCAAUGAUUGUGAAGAAAUAGAACGGGAGCGUUUUAUUAAUGACGUAUUUUUCGCAUCUGAAAACCUUUCAGACAUGAAACCACAAGAGCGAAAUUUCUUAAGUAAGAUUGAAAUUCAAGAAACAGGAGACGAGGAUUAUUCUGCAAGCUUGAAUGCAAUUAUCAAAAGAAAGGCAAGCAUUAAGAAAAAACGUGGUUCUAGACGACAUCGUAGAGCUUCAAGUCCAGUAAGCCAAAUCAUGGGAUCAACCAGUGGCGAUAGAAGACGAUCAAGCGUGUACACAACUAGCUCUGGAGAAACAGCAGUUACAUUGGAAGACGGAAGAGAUGAUUCAAAACAAGAUAGAAUAUUUGAAAAUAUACGUCUACAUAAAGAAGUAUUGCAAUCCGUCAAAAUGGAGCCAUGGAGUAUCAAACGUAAAAUCAAGCUUGUAAAACAAGCCAAAAGCUAUGUAGUACAACAUGAAGGUGAUUUACAGGAACACUUCACAUCCCGAUCGGCAAAAAGUUUACUCACACAAUUCAACAUCUAUCUUGCGACGAAAUGGCGACAGCUUUUACGAGAAAUGACUAAUUUUUCUACAUAUCUAAUUCCAUGGGAAUCUAGAAUCAAAGAAAUCGAAUCACAUUUUGGAUCGGUUGUUGCUUCAUAUUUUACUUUUCUCAGGUGGCUAUUCUGGGUGAACGUAGUAAUAUCGUUCACGUUAGUUCUUUUCGUAAUGAUGCCAGAAGAAAUUUAUAUCAAUCGAGAGCGUGCUAAAUGCGAUAUAAGAAAAACCAUGUCCCCACAAGAGCAGGCGAUUUCUUCGAAUUUCAGUACCAUUUGGGAGUUCGAAGGAAGACUAAAAUAUUCUUCUUUAUUCUAUGGCUACUAUUCGACGUUUUCGGGAGCAAUUGCAUGGGGAUAUAACUUACCUUUAGCAUAUUUUCUGACUGGUCUACUAGUAUACAUAUACAGCUUCGUAGCUACGUUGAAGAAGAUGGCCAAAAAUUCACGAAUGUCAAAGUUAUCAUCAAAAGAUGAUGAAUAUGUAUUCGCUUGGAAGUUGUUCACUGGCUGGGAUUAUAUGAUUGGUCAUACUGAAACUUCACAAAACCGAAUGGCAUCGAUUAUUUUGGGCUUUAAAGAAGCGCUGCUGGAGGAAGCAGAGAAAAAGAAAGAUACUAGAAACUGGCGAAUAAUAUUAUUACGAAUAACUGUCAACUUUCUUAUACUAGCUUUGUUAGCUAUAUCGGCUUUCGCUGUAGUACAUGUCGUAAAGCGUUCGAUGGAUAUCAAGGAAACAGAUUCAUGGUGGACCAGAAACGAAAUAACUAUUGUAAUGUCAUUGAUUACAUUUUUCUUCCCAAUUAUUUUCGAAGCGUUGGGAUUGCUUGAAUACUAUCACCCAAGAAAACAGUUGAGAAUACAAUUGGCACGAAUUAUGGUUUUAAAUUUACUCAACUUGUACUCUCUCAUUUUUGCAUUAUUUGAUAAGAUUAGUCACAUGACAGAAGAGCUCCGUAGAAUGAAACCCUCAAAUUUUACAAGUGACAGUCUUUGUUUGACAUUAGCGAAAAACCAUUCAUUCAACAAUAUAAGUACUUCCAAUAUGGCAUUUUUCACGGAUUAUAUUCUUAAGCCUAUGUCGCUCACAUUGUCGCAAGACGCUUUUGAAACGUCAAGCAAUUGUUACAAAUUAUUCAUAAAGUGUCCCACACAAACUACAAUAAAUGCUGCCAUUUUGACUAUGAUUUUUUCAAAUAUGUCCAACACAAUUUUACCUGCAUCUAAUACUUCAGAGUAUGAUUCUUCCACUUCGUCAUAUAUGACAUCAUAUAGAGAAAACGAUAAUUUAAAUUCAUCAUUUGCAACAUUUACUAGUACUACACCAUAUAGUGAUACAAAAUUUAAACUCGACACACCCGAUGACGAAUUCGACUAUGAUGAAGAUGAUAUUGCUUAUUAUUUGGAGCAAAGAAUGCGAAAAUUGCCAAAUGAUGAAUUUGAAGAUAUUCCAAUUAAUAAAAGAGAACUGAAUAUGAGUGCCAUUUAUGAAAAUGUUAACAUGACAACCAAUGAACUCGUCGAACAAGUAACACGAGCUCUUCAUUCGGACACAGAAAUAACUGAUUUUCAAACAAUGACUUACACAGAGUUGCAUACUUAUGUAACUGAGAAAUAUGAUGAAUUUUUAGAAUCUUACUACUAUUCAGAAGAACAAGAUGAACAAGAAGAAAAUAAAUGUUUUCAAUGGAUUUGUGAAAACGAUCCUGAUUCUACAACAGAGAUUACAAAAGCCACCGAAGCGCCCCACCUAGAUAAUUUGAUGAAUACUACAGAAUUACCAUUUGCAACUGACAGCACCAAAGAAGUUGUAGCAAUUGCAUUAGAUACAAGCAGAGGAAUACAAUUGCGAAACUCGAAUGAAGGCAAAUUCAAGAAUGCAGAUAUACGAACUUUAUGUUGGGAAACUAUGUUCGGACAGGAACUGGCAAAGCUGACAAUCAUGGACUUGCUCAUGACUAUCAUCUCAACAAUAACUAUCGAUUUUAUAAGAGCACUGUUCGUUCGUUAUAUGAAUAACUGUUGGUGUUGGGAUUUGGAGAAAGUGUUUCCAAAAUAUGGCGAUUUCAAAAUAGCAGAGAAUAUUCUCCACUUGGUAAACAAUCAAGGAAUGGUUUGGAUGGGAAUGUUUUUUUCACCAGGCUUAGCAGUCAUCAAUAUAUUUAAAUUAAUAAUCAUAAUGUAUCUUCGAUCCUGGACGGUUCUCACAUGUAAUGUGCCACACGAGGUUGUAUUUAGAGCAUCGAGAUCUAAUAACUUCUACUUCGCGCUGCUGCUAACUAUGUUGUUUCUAUGUGUGCUUCCUGUAAGCUACGCGAUUGUUUUCUUAGAACCAUCUUGGCAUUGUGGACCAUUUUCGCAUUCUAGUAGAAUUUACCACCUCCUUACUAACGCGACUCAGAAUAUUAUACCGGAGGCUAUAACUAGAUACAUUGUGUCACCAGCAGCAAUAAUUCCACUACUGAUGUUAUUGAUUUUGAUCAUUUAUUACCUUAUAUCACUAACAGGAUCACUGAGGGAAGCAAAUCAAGAUUUGAAAUUACAAUUACGAAAAGAGCGUACGGAAGAAAGGCGAAAAAUGUUCAAAAUAGCAACAAAUCAGCAUUGUCAACAAAAUGAGGGAAUCAAUGGACUUUCAAAUUCAUGGCAUAAAGUGUUGGAUUCUACAAAUCAAAAGAUACAGUCCGCAUCUAACGAUAGCAACCAUAAUUCCGAUACACCCAACAAUAAACAUCGUCAACUACUGCAGCGAAUGAUGCAAAAAGCGUUACAGAAACCAUCGGACUGUAGUACAGAAUCCGCAGUUGGAGAUGAAUGUGUUGCAGUUGGAAAAUUUAUACAAAAUACCAAUAAUAACCAAAUUGAAUCGAAUCAAAAUGACCCCAUUUCCAACAAAAUAUCCAUUAAAACAAUAAAUGAACAGAAAACGUCUUCCUGGGUGGAGAAAAUUCCUGUAAUCACUAUCAGUAAAACAUCAAGUGAUGAAUGUGUGCUCGAUUCAGAAGUCGAAGAGUAGUAACAUAACCUAAUAGAAUUUACCCUAGUUCAGCUGUAAUUGAAUGUAUAAUUGAUUGCUUUCCCAAUUGGAUUUGGAUACUCAUAUUUUAUUCAUGCUUUAUAAACACACGCGGCGCGAAUUUCCCCGUCGCUUGGCGACUGCGAUUCUGCUGCCGUUGGUAUGGAAGCGUAAAGAGGCCCGCACAUAGCAUAUGUUUGCGUUGCAACGCGUAGAGUCACAUGAAAUCGCUUAGGUUUGGGGUAGCCUUAAAUCGCAGAUAAUGGAUGAAGCCUGUACCGUACAUUGGCAGUGAGAAAAAAGGAUUCAAAUAUUCGUCUUUUAUUCAAAUAAGUGAGAAUAUUUUAAACUUCUCGUAUGGUAAAUGUAACAUAUUAGACGUAACAAAGGAACACGAUUAUUAGAAUAACAUUCUAUUUGUUGCAUAAAUGUCGGUUAAGAAUUAUAUCUCGAAAAGCUGGUUAUUUAUUUUUUACAUAUAGGUAGUAUACGGACGGAUUUAAUUAAUUUCAAUAUCUUAAUUUUCACAAAUUGUUCAAUUCCUCCUUAUUUUUUUCGAUUUUUUGUGAUUUUUUUUCUGGGGGACGCAAUGAUUCAUUAAAUCCAAAUAUAUAAGAAAAAUAUAUAAUUAAAAUUAUGUCCGAAAGUUUAGUGGGGGGCGGUGUGAUAAUGAAAAAUUAAUUAUAAAAUGAAAAAUAAUAUUAAAAAACUGCUUGGAUUUGUUAAAAAAUGUUUUCAAAAUCCUCUAAAUUUUCCGAUUUGUUUUGUUGCAACCUCAAAAUAUUCAAUCGUCU